UACUUUAAGUGCAGACAGUGCAGCUUAGCGCAGGUUUAAAGAGCGAACCUUCUGUCACAUGAUUAUAAACUGUCCCUGUGACCGAUCGUCGCGAACGAGUGGAUCGCCGAGGGUGUAACGAACGCGACGAUCCCGUUCGGACAGGAUGAAGAUCUGCGGGCCCAAGUACGCCUUGUGCGGCCUAGUGCUGUCCGUUUGGGGCAUAUUUCAAUUGCUCCUCAUGGGAAUAUUUUUCUACUUCCGGAGCGUAGCCUUGGUGGAGGACCUCCCUCUGCCAGAAAACAUCACCUCGCUGGAACAUUUCUAUAAAAUGGCAGAUCGCGGCUACAUGCAGAACGCUUACAACUGCUGGAUCGCAGCUUGUAUCUAUGUCCUCACCUUCCUCUUUUCGGGCCAUCAGUUCUACCUCAAUUCCAGAUCGUCUCUUAGCGUAUAAGCAUUUAAAAGCACGUUAAAUGUGUCCGUUUACCGUAUGUCUGAUGAAAGCAUCAAGGCUGUAAUUACAGCUUUAGCAGAAAUGAAUAAUACGAUGAUUACAGUUGCAAAUUGAAUUACGUAUGAAUUAUAUAUUGAGCGCGACUUGCCUGCGACCUGCAAUGCCUAGACUCCAGGCGUUUCCACAAGCGCAAUAGAAAACAUAUUUUGCCAUGUGCGUGUGUAAUUACAAGGGCUGCGUUCUUUUUGGGUACUCACAUACUGUAAGUCAUUCUAUCUUUAUUGUUUAUUAUAUGCCAAAGGAAGAUAGAAUAACGCUUAUAGCAUGUAAGUGCCUAAAGAGAACGCUGUUAAGAUGUUAGGCAUAUUUCCAUGUAUCAGUAUACAUUCUUACAUAUAUAUAUAUAUAUACACACACACACACAGACAUGGCUGAGAAGUAUAGUAAAACAGAUACGAGUUAUAUAGCUUGAGGAAGCUUUUUUUUUUCUUUCAUUGCGACGUUGUAAUUUCUUUUACUCAUCAUAUAAGAAUGGUGUAUUUCGGUCGUAUAGAAUCAUAUAAUUCUUAAAUAUUGUUACAUAUUGUUAAUAUGGCUUAAUAAAUUAUAAUUACGAACAACGAUA